AUGCCUCCAGCUAGGUUCGGCGGUGGGCCGCCGCCCUCCAUGUCGCCCUAUCCCCAUCAAUUCAACAAUCAUCAAUCCCACCAGCCGCCCUCGCUUGCGACCCAAGGCUACCUGGGCAAUUCACAGAUGAGCCCUUUCAGCCCUGCGAAUGGACUGGCCGGCUUGGGUGCUGGCUUUGGGGACCAGACUGGCUUAGCGAGUCAUGCUGCUCGGAUGGGAUUUGCCCAUGGCGCACAGUUGCAACAGCAGCAACAGCAACAUCCACACCAGCAAUCCCAUGGCUUGGGAGGCGAGCAUACUGCCAGGUCUGCAGGUCAAAAUAAGGGACGAAUACGGGAUGUAUGGAAACACAACCUCAACGAAGAGAUUGCCAUUCUCCGGGAAUUGAUCGACGAAUACUCUUUUGUUGCCAUGGACACCGAAUUCCCUGGUAUUGUAGGGCGGCCCAUGGGAAACUUUCUUGACAAGAGCGAUUAUCACUACCAGACGCUCCGAGUAAAUGUGGAUAUGCUCAAGAUCAUCCAAGUAGGCAUUGCCAUCUUCAAUGAUAAGGGCGAGACUCCUCCUGCAAGGCCAUCUGCCGAUUCGGCCGACGUCAGUCCGACUGUAAGAAAGUACCUCGCAACUCACGGGUCACUACCGUAUGCAUGGCAGUUCAAUUUCCACUUCGAUAUUAAGGAGGAUAUGGCAAAUCAGAGCUCGAUCGAGUCAUUGCAGCAAGCAGGCAUAGACUUUGAGAAACUGGAGCGUGACGGCAUCGACCCGAAUGCCUUUGCCGCCCUGAUGACCACGUCUGGUCUUGUCAGCUUCGAGGAGGUCAAAUGGCUGUCUUUCCACGGAGGAUAUGAUUUCGGCUACUUCACAAAGUGUCUCAUGGAUGAGGAGCUGCCCAAUGAUGGCACUAGGUUUGACUCAUUGAUGAAGAUAUGGUUCCCUACGACAUACGACGUGAAGCAUCUCCUCAAAUAUGCCAUCAAACUGCACAGCAAUGGGCGUCUCCCGUCAACAGAUCCUUCGGUGCCGGAAAUUCUGCAGAAAUUCGAGAUAAAAUCUGGUUUAGAAGCCGCAGCCGAAACUUUCAAAAUCAAGCGAGUGGGCGCAGCACACCAGGCGGGAUCGGACAGUCUUCUAACAGGCAAGAUCUUCUUCUCCUUGCGCGAGAAGAUCUUUAACGGUACCAUUCCCGACGACCAGAUCGGAAAGACAUGGGGUCUGUCCGUGGGAGUUAGUAUGCCCGGCAUGGUGAUGUACGGAGCUUACAACCCGCCCGCCUUCGCAACCGAUAACAAGGAGAACACUCCUACGAACGAAACGGGUGCGAACGGCAAUGGACCUAGCACUCCCUCAACCGCUAGCGUCAGUCUGGCCAUGACACCGGCGGCAGCUCAGUCUCACAAUACGAAUGGAAACGGAAAUGGAAAUGGAAACAACUUCGCGCCAAUGACUCCAGGGGGUGGAGGGGGCGUACUCGGAUCCUUCUUCCAAGGAAGGAAUUAG